GCUCCAAGGCCGCCCGCCCGUCUGGGCAUAGAGCUGCCAUAGUUGCCAUAGAACUACCUGAAAUUUUUUAUAGUGACCUCUGGUCUUUGUCUGAUACAUCGCUUCCAUCGCUGCGACGCUAGACGAUGCUGUACACUGCCAUUGCGGCAGGGGCAGUGGUGCUGCUCGCGCUGCUGCUGCGACGGCGACGAAAGCGCGACUCCCAAAAAAAGAUAAAAACACUAGUCGUCCUCGGCAGCGGCGGCCACACGGCAGAGAUGCUGCGACUCAUCACGGACUUCGACUUUGACAGGUACGGCCCGCUCACACUCGUCACGGCGGCCACGGACACAACAAGUAGAGCCAAGGCCGAGCGCGAGCUGCCGCGAGAAGCGCUCGCGACGGCGCGCUGGGCCGCGAUCCCGCGCGCGCGCGAGGUCGGCCAGAGCUUUGGGAGCUCGGUGCCCUCGACGCUGCGAGCGCUCUUCGCGUGCGUCCACCUGAUCUGGACGGCAUCACCAGAUUUAGUCUUGGUCAACGGCCCCGGGACCUGCGUGCCCGUGGCCGUUUUGGGACGUUUGUCUGGCGCUCGUGUCAUCUUCGUCGAGUCGUGGUGCCGCGUGGAGUCGCUCUCGCUCACGGGCCGCAUCAUGUAUUGGGUGGCGCACCGCUUCGUCGUGCACUGGCCCGAGCUCGUGCGGCGGUACCCGCGGGCCGAGUACCUGGGGCGGAUCUGCUAGUCACGUUUUUGUCGUCGCUCGUCGUCGUGUUGUGUAAUUUGUUUUCCUUUC